CUAAUGAGUCAGAGCGCAUGCAUAGUACUUUUCGCACGUGUGGUGAACGUUCUGACUGACUGCAUGCAGCAGAGCUUAUAGAGUUCGGUUCGCUGUUAAAUAUUAGGUAAAAGAAACAUAUCCUGCGGUUUUACUGCUUUCUCAAAGCUAGGAGAGAAACAAGGAGUCCUCCGUGAAGCAUUUCGCCGAGAGGGCCGGAAAACUAGGAAAUAUAUUGCAAUGACUGAACCACAAGUGAACCCGAAGGCCUACCCGCUGGCCGACGCUACCCUGACCAAAACCAUCCUGGACCUGGUGCAGCAAGCGUCCAACUACAAACAGCUGAGGAAGGGAGCCAAUGAGGCCACUAAAACCUUGAACAGAGGCAUCGCCGAGUUCAUCGUCAUGGCAGCCGACGCCGAGCCGCUGGAGAUCAUCCUCCACCUGCCGCUGCUGUGCGAGGACAAGAACGUGCCGUACGUGUUUGUGCGCUCCAAGCAGGCGCUGGGCCGGGCCUGCGGCGUGUCCCGGCCCGUCAUUGCUACCUCGGUCACCAUAAAGGAGGGCUCCCAGCUCAAGCCUCAGAUUCAGUCCGUUCAGAUGGCCAUCGAGAGACUGCUGGUGUGAUCUGACAGCAGCACUGCUGGUUGAUGGGUCCAUCCACUCUGUCCUUAUGUUGGAUUAUUUAAAACAUUUGGCUUUUUUUUUUAAGAGUAUUGCACGUUUUUAAUUUUGUAGGACCAUCAACUGUAUCUUAAUAAAUUUUAUUUUAUUUUUUACAA